UUUGAAUGGAAAUGGCCAAAUUCAAUUAAAACCCGAAUUCCCAAAUCCAAUUUGCUACUCCUCAGUCUUCACAUUUAUCCCGAAAGGCAGCUCUCCGUCCAAAAUCAUGGCGGGUUGGAACUAUAUACCACCAAGCGCACUGAAACUCGACGAUCAUCGGAACACCAACCGCUUCCCGGCGCAACCAGAAUUCCCGACGGAGGUCGUAAUCGAGGGCCUCAUCGCUUACCAGCGCCGCGAAAUCGAAAUGCUUCUACUGAACAAACAGGAUCUCGCCGCCUCGCAUUUAUGUCUAAAGAUGAAGCUCUCCGCCGCUCAGCGGGAGCUUCUACACCAUUCUGCUACCGCCUCCGCCGUCAAGGCUGCCAGGGAUGAGUGGAUCCGCGAGGCUUGUGAGAAGUUACGUAGAACGGAGGCCGAGGAGGCCACUGCAGCCCACAAGAUCCACUCCGAACUGGCGGUGGUUAAAGCCGAUCUCGAGAAAAUGAGAUACUGUCACAGAGAGCUUGUGGCUCAUAUGAAUGAGAUUGAAGAUGAGCUCAUGAGUGUUCUUUCAGAUUUGACUCAGGUUAUGGUAGUCAAAGCUGAAAUUGAGAAUAUCAACAAGGAGCUCCAAAGAGGAAGGGAUGCUAUUGAGCAUGAAAGGAAAACGAAAGCUGCAAACCUUGAACAAAGUCUGACAAUGGAGAAGCAUAUGAGUUCCUUGAGUGCUGAAAUCGAGAGGCUAAAGGUUGAACUUGUAGAUGCGGAGAAGAGAGCAAUGGCAGCAGCAGCUGCUGCACUUAUACCAAGCUUUGCUCAAGACAAUGGAACAUUGCAUGACAGUGGAUAUGAUCAAAACUUGGGUCAUAGUCCUUUUGCUGCUGGGGCUGCCCCUCUGUUUCGAGGGAGGGAUGUUGAUGCAUUAUCCAUAUAGUACUAGUAGUAAUGCAUUGUCAUCCUUGGUCACCAAAUGUAAAGUUGGGAUGAAAUGUCUAUAGCUAAAUGAGUUCUCUUGAAGUUCUAGACCUAGGGAAUGCUUACAUUGCAACAACCUUCUUUGGUGCUUUUCUUUAUUAAAAAAAAAAAGAAGAAGAAGAGCUUUUUAAUGUAAUAAAUGUAUAAAUGAUAGGGGUGAGCAUUGGAUCGGUUCGAACCGAAAUAACUGGACUUUAUUUUG